AUUGACAGGCGCUGCUCACGGUGCAACAAAGAAGGGAUGAUCUAUCACACACGCCAGAUGAGAUCUGCAGAUGAAGGGCAAACGGUCUUCUUCACCUGUGUCCACUGCAGGUUUCAGGAGAAGGAGGACUCCUGAGGGCGAUCGUGUGGAGCGUCGGUGCUUCAGAACGUCUCCAGUUCUCCGUCAGCGUUCACAUUUUAAUGAAGAAGCGGCGGCGGUGAAGUUUGACCUUCAGUCCAGAAGAGCUUCUCAAGUUUUCUGCUUUCUAGUUAAAACUGCUGCAAGUUUCAGCUCACGUCUGAAGUAAAAGAACAUUUUAGAGAUUUUUUUUUAAUCUGCUGAGAUCUAAAUAAACAAACGAGACAACAAAU